CCUCCCCUUUCCCUCCUCCCUCUCCUCCUGCCUUUCCCCCAUAAUUUCCCACCCGCAGGCCGCGCCGCCCCCCAGCAAUCCCACCCCACGCACAGAAACACCAAAGCCCAACAAAACCCACCACCACCUCCCAAUGGAGAACGGCGACGAAACCCUCGCCUCCCCCACCGCCGCCGCCGCCGCCGCCGCCGAGAAGGCUGCGCUCAACGGCGGCGUUGCGGAGGAGGAGCAAGUACCCAUCACCCACCCCGCAAAGUCCUACGCCGCCGCCGCCGCCGAGAACCCCGCUCCAAACGGCGGCGUCGCGAAGGAGGAGGAGGAGGAGGAAGAGGGGGUCGCCGGCGCCCACACCGCCGCCAGGUCCUACGCUGCCGUCGCCGCCCGCGCCGAGAUCGAGGACCUCCGCGCCGCCAAGCUCGACCUGGAGGCGAAGCUCGCCGAGGCCCGCCGUGAGAACAAGUCCCUCGCCGAGCAGACGCACAGCAUCGAGGGGACCUUCAUGCAGGCCCGGGAGGAGGUCACCAUCGCCGAGCUCGCCGCCGCCUCUGCCGAGAAGGAGGUCGCCUCGCUCCGCACGGAGGUCGACCGCCUCGAGGCCCUCCUCAAGACUGAGAAGGGCGAGCACGAGCUGGACAAGGAGAGCCACGAGAAGCUCGCCAAGGAGGUGGAUGCCGUGCGCCAGGAGAAGCUCAAGCUCGAGGAGGAGAUCAGGGCCCUGAAGGCUUCCGCCACCGUCGCCACCACCACCAAGGAGAGGGAGGCUGCGCCGGCGGCUGAGGCACCGAAGGAAGGGGAGGUUGCGUGGCUGGGGAUGGCGGUGGCUGCGGCUGCCGGCGCCGCCGGCACGGCUGCUGUCAUGCUGAUCUAUCUCCGCCUUAAGAGGUAAUCUGGUGCUCGGUUGCGUAGCAGUGCUGGAAGUUUUCGUCGUGAUGCUGCUAUUACUAAACUGGAAGUGAUGCGACUUCUAUGAGUAGUUGCUUAUUAGCCUACAGAAUUAUAGGGAUCUGGAGACUGGUUAUGUUUCAUGGCUGUUUUUGCGGUGACACCAAAAAAAUAUUCGUGAAACUGAGGAACGUUGUAUGAUUGGUUAUCUUCUGGUUUAUGUUACUGCUAUGGCAUGGCCUCAUGUCGUUUUUUUGAUCUAAUAAUGGUCCGUGUUCUGCUGA